UCUGACCAUGGCUGACUCUGAGGAGGAGACGGAUCGUCAUAGAAGUCGGGAUAAGUUUCGGCGAGAACGCAGCGAUUAUGACAAUCGGAGACGUCCUGGCGAUAAACGGGAACCGUUUGAUGACCGAGUUGGAACUGCUAACUACAUUCGUAAUGAACAUCGAACAUCUGACGUCAGACAACUGGGGAAUGAUCGUGGGCGGUCACCUGCUGGUGAGCCGCCACCUUACAAACGCUCCAGGAGAGAUGACGACUACCGCAACACUGCUCCAAAGCGCCGCGACAUGAAGGCCGCUGGUAAUUUUGAGGAUGAUAGCAUGUACCGUCCGCCACUUGUGCCCUUCAAGCGCUUUUUGGAGCCGUUGGAUGAUCUCAUAACAGAGGAGGAGGCCUGCAAUAAAUAUAGGGAAUACAAAGAAUCCUACUCAAAGCGCCACAUUGAAGAGUUCUUUGAAGCCCAUAAAAAUGAGGAGUGGCUCCGGCUACGAUACCACCCAGACCAUAUGCCCUAUCGCAAGGAGGCGAUUGCCGCUAGUUUGAAACAUCGCUUGAGUGUUUUCAUGGAUCUAUAUGAAAGAGGUUUUUUCGAUAAUCAAAGUGUACAAAUGGACAACAGCGAAAAUCUCAUACGUCUCAUGGAUACUGUGGUGAUCAAGUUGGAAGGCGGAACGGAUGACGAUCUGAAAGUUUUGGAUAUGAACGAUCAAGCUCGUCAGGACGAGCUAGAAUCUCGUCACCGGCACACCAGCAUUUCCUCAACUCAGAAUUCCCUCCAGCCAGGAAGUGGACAUAAGAGUGAGGAAGGUGAAGCUGAAUCGGACCUGGAUGGGGAGGAUUCGGAUAAAAAUGAUAGCGUCCCACAACCGCUGGAUAGGGUUACUGAUCUUCGUUCUCGUCACCGAGAUUCUUCCCAUGAUUCCAUUCCCUCAAAACGUUCACACCGCAGUGGGAGUGGAAGUUGUAGUGUUCAUUCAAGUGAUGAAGACGGUUGUUUAGAUCAAUUGGAUCGGUCAACUCUAGAUAAUAAAGCCACCACAAACGAUCGCGCGUCCACCCCUGUGAAUGAUCUUCAAAAAGAUGCCGGAUCACAUGACCUUCAGGAAAAUGGUUCUGACAGCGCGUUUCCCAAUACCGAGGAAGAUGACAAUGACGUACCAACCCCUACGACGGCUGAAAACCCAGGAGAUCAUUUGCUUACUGAGGGCCUGGAUUCUGUCUCCUCUGUUUUACUGGGGUCAACUGGCGAAAAGCCAUUACCUGAAUCACCCGGAUCAUUAGCCUCUGCGGAUACGAAAACCACUCAACAACAGCCCGAGGUUGUCACUUCAACAAGUCCGAAGAAGUCGUGGCCUCUUCAUAAAACUGCGUCGAUAUUUUUUCGCGCUCUUCCUCCAAGUGUUACUGAAGCGGAGCUCAAGGAACUGUGUGCCUCACAACCGGGUUUUCUGCGGUUGGCUAUGUGGGAUCCUGUGCCGGAAAGACGAUUCAUGCGCCAUGCGUGGGCCACUUACAAGCCAACUGUGAAUAUCAAGAAAAUAUGUUGGGCUCUGAAUACUAGCCCACUCCUGCGUGAGAAGGUCACUUUACCCAAUGGCGAAUUAGGGGCUACCGUGAAUCGGGAUUUGGCUCAGCGUGUUCGUCCCCUAACCCCUCUUACUCGACACAAACCCGUAAUGCGUCAUGACUUGAUGCUUGCCUCGCAGCUGGUGGCACGUCUGGAUGCUGCCCAUGGUCUCUGGCAGUCUGAAGAUGAUGACGCGGAUGUUGAACGACAAGCUACUGAAGCCUCUGGUGCAAUCGAAUCAAAGUCUAAAAACAUGCCUGCUCUGCUAGGUUUGGCGAUUCGCAGCAAGAAUCCGUUGUUGAAGAAUCUGACUGACUACCUCGUUGAAGAAGGUGGUAGUGAAGAAGAAGCAUUGCUGGCUGAAUCGAAUCAGAACGAAUCGGAGGAAGGUGUCGAUGGAGGUCAUAACGGGCGUCCUAUUCCUGUAGUCCUUGAAUACGACCCCGUUUUGGCGAAGGCUCUAGACUACCUUAUCCUGUAUUUGCGUGUUGUGCACUCCGUGGACUUCUAUGCUGGUGCCAUUUACCCCAUGGAGGACUCGAUGCCCCAUCGAUGUGGCAUACUACAUGCUCGCGGAGAUAGAGGUUUAAAUCCCACACUUCCGGGUGGACGCUCGGCUGGAUUGGUUUUCAACCAGAGGGAAAUUUCUGAGCAUAUACGUAAUUUCGGGCUCAAGUUGCGUGGGAUUAUUGACGUCCCCAAAGACCUCACUGAAGAGGAGAUGAAGAAGCUUGGAAUGCGAGAUCCAGAGAAGGCGGCUGAGGAGUUUGUUGAGGCCAAUAUACAGAAGAGGACGGGGAAGAAAAAACCGUUCAAGGUUGUUUGGGUUUGUCCGCUAUCCGAUAAGAAGUUCCGGGAGCCAAUAUUUGUGCGGAAACACAUUUUCAACAAACACAUGGAGAAGGUCGAGGCAGCAAAAAAGGAUAAUGCCAUAUUCUUCAACAAUUACCUACGUGAUCCGCGUCGUCCUAGCUUGCCAGAAGCUCCGUAUCAUAUCACGCAACACUAUUUUGGAUCUUCUGCAGGAAGUGGUGGUGGAUACCGAGGGAAUCGUGGCAGUGGCCGUGCCACAGGUGGUGGCAACUACCGUGGGAAUUAUCGUGGCAAUAAUCCCAAUAAUCCUUUGCUUCCGGGCUCUGUGGCCAGUUACGGUCGGCCAGGUGGUGCUUUCCAGGACUACUACGAUGUCGCGGCCCAGCAACAGCAACAACAGGCGAUGGCGGCUGUAGCAGCUGCGGCAGCGGCAGCUUUGUAUCCCAACACAGCGGCAGCGGACUUGUAUGCGCUCGCUGCUGGCAGUGGUGCUACCCGCGCUGCAGGGUCGUUAAAUCGUCGCGGACAAAGAGGCAGCUCACCUAACGAAUUCAACCCACGUCCUUACCAUAAUGAUACACGUCGGAGACAAAAUCCUUCUUACAACACUAACCCAAGACGACCAUUCCGCGCAACGGAGCGUAAUAUGGUUUCGUACAACGACCUUGAUGACCCAAAUAAUGAGGGAAUGUGAGAGCCGUUAUUCACCGAGUAAUCCAACUGUUGUCGUAAUUUGUAUAGUUUCUGUCUUGCUGCAUUUCUCAACUCGUAUCAUAAAUAAAUGAUAUCUUCCAGUG